AAAAUGUUUUUAAAAAAAUAGACAGAAAAACACUCCAAAUGUACUAAAUAAAUAAAUUACGGUCACUCGUAACAAAAUCAAGCAAAAGAUAUUUUGCAAUCAUCAAAAGAGCUUUGACAGUAGAGCUUUAUCUUGAAACUCUACCGGAAGUUGUUUAUGUUGGUAUUUAAACAUACUUGGGAGGAAGUGCGAAAAACGCAGGUGAGCCUUGCCGUCAGGUGUGCGGGACAGUGAUCAAGCGAUGGCAGAGAGCGAGGACGCAAAGGUCGUGAUCGUGGGAUGCGGAAUUGCCGGGAUAGCAGCCGCACGCAGACUCCUAGAUGCUGGAUUUGAGCAGGUGAGGAUCCUGGAAGCCACCGGAAGAGCCGGAGGACGAAUCCAAACAAACAAACUCGGUAAUAAAAUAAUAGAAAUAGGAGCAAGCUAUCUUCAUGGCCCAUCAGAGGAGAACCCAGUGUUCUGUCUUGCCCGUGAUUAUGACCUCCUGGAUCCAGAGGCUCUCACCCCAGAGAACCAGGCCGCAAACGUUGAUGAAUACCCUCCAUGGGUCGCCAACUGGUUCACCAGUUCAGGGAAAAAGGUGGAUGAUGACUGCAUGAAUCCUGCUCUGGAGUUGAUUCAUGAGCUUGUGGACAACACUCCAGAGUCUAAAAAACAAAAACCAACAUCCUGGGAAAGUGUUGGUCAUUUCUUGCGCUCAGAGGCCCGCCGAAGGGCAGAAAUAGUGUGGAAAAAUGAAGAUAAAGCCACCAGGAAGCUGCUGUUUUGUGCUCUAAGUGCCUUGUUGAAGUUUGAAUGUUGUGGAAGUGCAGUCCACACCAUGGAUGACCUCGACUUAAAUGGAUUUUCUACGUACGAAAGCAUCCCUGGAGUGGACUGCAUGUUCCCAAGUGGAUUCGAAGGCCUCAUUAACAGGCUGAUGUCGGAGCUCCCCACCGGUUUGGUGUCCUACAACCAUCCUGUCCAAUGUGUCCGUUGGAACAACACAGAGGCUGGAGAUCACCCCGUGACAGUGGAGUGUGCUAAUGGAGAGAAGAUCCCUGCUGAUCACGUUAUUGUUACAGUUCCUCUAGGAUACCUGAAGAAGCACCUCUCCACCCUGUUCUCUCCGCCUCUUCCAAAGCAGAAGCUGCGCUCCAUUGAAAAACUGGGAUUUGGAACAUGCAACAAAAUAUAUGUUGAGUUUGAGAAGCCAUGGUGGGACGCUGACUGUGACAUCAUCUACCUAGUGUGGGAAGAUGAGGAGGAGAUUUCAGACCAUGUGUCUGACAUAAGCAAAUUUUGGACACGCAAAAUCCCAUCCUUCACGGUGAUCAAACCCCCUGAAAGCGGCAGCCAUGUUCUCUGCGGCUGGAUUUCCGGGCAUGAGGCCGAACACAUGGAAACGCUUCCAGAGGAAGAAGUGAGGCGUUCUAUGACAGAGCUCAUCCAUACUUUCACAGGCGACUCCACCAUUACACCAAAGAGAAUUCAGUUUAGUCGUUGGUUUCAUGACCCCUGGACAUAUGGAUCCUACAGUCACCCAGCACUGGGCUGCUCUGCACAGGACAUCAAAAACUUGAUGGAGCCUCUGCCUGACAAAGGAGAGCAGCUUCUGCAGGUGUUGUUUGCUGGAGAGGCGACCCAUCCCUCCUAUUUUUCCACCGUCCAUGGAGCGCUUCUCUCUGGGUGGAGAGAGGCGGAUCGACUCAUCUCCCACCAGUUUUAAGCUCCACUCAGUUUAAUGUUCAACAUUUUCUCAACACAGUGUUGAUAAGCAAUUUUAAAUCAUGGGAAUAAUGAGAUUUUUAACACUAGAAACUCAAUGAUUAUAACCAUGAAAAUUGAAGUUAAUUUGGAUCUUGUAAUCUAAGGGUAGUUUUAGUAAUCACAUGGAUUUAUUUGAUUACUUGCAAUAAAAACAAAUGAAUAACAA